UUUGAUUCAAUCAAAGGUUGUGUUUUUACUAUAGAUCCCCAUGGUCUUAGAAGUUGGGAUAGACACCCACCAACUAAACCCCAGAAGAGUUACGUCUACCCAACAAUUCAGCUUCCUAUCACAAAUCAAACCAAUAACAAAUACACAGAACUGAAGAGUUUGCAGAAACCAGUCCCCUCAAAAGCAAGUCCAGCCCCCUACUCUAGAGGCUGGAUUUCGUACAUUUGCAAGUGGUUGUUGAUACUGAAAUUAUUACUUGCUUUGGGCUUUUUGGGCUUUUUGGCCUAUCAGAAGUUCUUACACUCACAUUUGCCUCAAACUGAUGAAGUCCAUUCUAAAUCAGUGGAGAAAUUUGACCUGGACUUAGCAGCUCUACAAGCUCUUUUUCCCAGUCAGCGCUCAGUGUUCUGGAAGAGGAGUGGGAAACAUCUUAAGAACCACCUGAAGACGGUCAACCCCACUGAACCAGUCAGUGUGAUUCUGACUGCUGGCCUCCAGGCCGAAACAACAUUGGGCUGCCUUGCUCGAAGAUUAGCUGGGGUGUACUCUGCUACCCAUAAUGCUUCAAUCUUAGAAAUCAAUGGGACCACCAAAAGAGCACAAGACAGUAAGCAGGUCAAGCUGGAUAUCGAUGAAGAGCUGAGGGAAGCGUUUGAAGGUGAUAAACCUGCAGCUGUUGUGCACCGUUUUGAGGAGCUCCCUCCUGGAUCUACGCUUAUAUUCUAUCGUUACUGUGACCACGAAAAUGCAGCUUACAAGAAGGUUUUCUUGGUUUUCACUGUGAUGCUUUCAGUGGAUGAAAUAGCCCCGACAACCAGUCUAAGUGCAGUGGAGGACAUGGUAUAUGAUCAUGUAAAACAGAAGUUUGUCAUCACAGACAAAUCCACUGUGUUUAAUCAAAUGGAUGUGGAUAAACUGAGUGGACUGUGGAGCAGAAUUUCUCACCUCAUUCUGCCAGUGGCUGCAGAGGAGAAAAUUGAACAGCAGGGAUGUGGGGCAUAACCUCACAGAAAACCAUAAGAUUGUAUUACUGUAUUGGGCUGGACAAGUCAUUUUUAGAGUUUUGAGUUUAACUGGUCUAGUUCAUGAAUGUGUGGACCACAGAAAUGUAUAUAAAAGAUCUUUAUUCCAAAGUUUUUUUUUUUUAAAUGUAUUUGUUUAUAAAUGUUUUAUUUUUGUAUUUGCCUACAUCUGGUUCUUUUUUGUUUCUUGAUCAUAUCUGUGUGAAGGCAGACACUUUAUCAUAUAAUAAUAACAAUGAUAAUAAUAAUGUACUUGGCAUUAUAAGCAUUUGGCUUACAAUAUAAAUCAGCAAAUUAAUUGUUGUACAUUCCUUCCAAAGGCCAGGUGUGGUAAUGACUGAACUUUUGCACUGACUUUUGAAGUUAAACUGAAAAAAAAAGUAAACUAGGCUCUUUUUACCAAUCAAAAUUUUGAUUGGGUUUGGUGUUAUAUAUUUGCGUGACUAAGACUAUAA